CUCCACCUUUCUCUAACCGGCUCUGCCCCUUCUGCCUCCUCGGUGGCGCGGCCCAGGCCUCCAGGCUCGGUGGCCCGGCCGGGCGAAUGGGGGUGGGGACGCGGCGGCCGAGCCCUGACCAUGAGGACUCUUCGCAGGUUGAAGUUCAUGAGUUCGCCCAGUCUCAGUGAUCUGGGCAAGAGAGAGCAGGCAGCCUUGGAGGAGCGAGGGGCCCAGCAGCGCCAAGCCUGCUCCAACGCCACCUGGAACAGCAUUCACAAUGGAGUGAUUGCUGUGUUCCAAAGGAAGGGCCUCCCAGACCAACAGUUAUUCCACCUCAACGAGGGAGUCAGACAGCUGCUGAAAACCGAGCUGGGCUCUUUCUUCACAGAGUAUCUGCAGAACCAGCUGCUCACCAAAGGCAUGGUGAUUCUCCGGGACAAGAUUCGAUUUUAUGAAGGACAGAAGCUCCUUGAUUCUUUGGCUGAAACCUGGGAUUUCUUUUUUGGGGAUGUCUUACCCAUACUCCAGGCCAUUUUCUACCCAGUUCAGGGUAAGGAACCCUCUGUCCGCCAGCUGGCCCUCCUGCACUUCCGGAAUAUAAUCACCCUCAACAUCAAGCUGGAAGAUGCCCUCUCGCGGUCUCGGGCCAGGAUCCCCCCAUCCAUUGUCCAAAUGCUGCUGGUCCUCCAGGGGGUUCACGAAUCCAAGGGUAUCACUGAAGACUACCUGCGACUCGAGGCUCUAAUCCAGAAGGUGGUCUCCCCAUACCUGGGUACCUACGGCCUCUAUUCCGACGAUGGACCCUUCACACACUCCUCCUGCAUUUUGGAAAAGCGCUUUUCGCGACGUUCCAAAUCAGGUGAUGUCAUGGCCAAGAACCCUGUUGUGCGUUCCAAGAGUUACAACAACCCGUUGCUCACCCCUGUGGCAGAGUACGAGACAGAAGGAUUGGCAGCCAAUGGCACAAGCAUCCGGAGACACUCUGUCUCCGAGAUGACUUCGUGCCCUGAGGCCCAGGACUUCUCCAAUCUCACCACUGGCCUCAAUGGUAGCUCCAAGGUCUCCACAAUGGUGCCCAAAUCAUCCCUGGCUGUAGAGGCUGAGCAAGCCAGUGCCAAGGUGCAUCCGGUAGGGCAGCCACCACUCUCGGGCCUGUACCACCAGUGCAGUGAGCCCAGCCCAACCUUUGAGCUGUCCAGAGCCCCAGCCUCUGUCUCAGCCCCUUCCUCUAGCCCAGAGAACUUAGUAGAUCAAAUUUUAGAAUCCAUCGAUUCUGACUCUGAAGGCAUUUUCAUCAACUUUGACCGAGGCCGCUCUAAGACAACAGAGUACGGUGCAGAUAGGAGCAGACAGAGUAUCGUGUGACCAUCUUACACAGGAGGAUGCUUUGGUUCGUGUCUCCAUCUAUGAAUGUGUCAACGGUGACCUGGCACAGUGUUGGGAGCCCUGGACUGGGAAACGGGAGGCUUGAGUUUGAGUCCCCACUCUGAUCAUCCCUGGCCCUGCAACCCUGGGCAAAUCACCUUCCCUUUCUGAGCCUCCGUCUCCUCAUCUGUUAAAUAGGGAAAAUAAUCCCUGCCCUGCCGACUUCCAAGGGCAGCUGUGAGGAUCCCAUAAGAUAACAUGUACAGAGGCCCUUUGUAACUAACACAAUGUGUGUAUAUUCGAUGUGUGAGUGUGCGUGCGUGUGUGAACGAGAGAGAGGGAGAGAAAGAACGAGAUCCAUUGCUUAGUGUAUUUUUUUACUCCCUGGUUUUCUUACACCCCCCUCCCAUCAGACUUCUUGCCAUCUGGGCAGGGCUUCUUCUCCAGGAGAGGAUUAUUCUCAAUGGAUCUAUCUCCGUGCCCCUUCCCAUUUCUCCCUAGGAUCUGUGUUCUUGGGAGCCAUUUUUGACAUUCUCAACUUACGAUGAAACGUUGAUCCAGUGUUUCCCAUGGCCCUGGUACUGGCGGGCACAAGAGAUAAAAAUUUGUGCCCAACAGUCCUUGUCCUGAAGGAGUCCAUAUUCUACCCAAAGGAUAUAGUGAGAAGCUAUAAAACAAACACACAAACAGAUUUUCAACCAGAAGACCCUAUGACUGAUUUGGAUGGGGCUUGGCCCCAAGCCGGCCACCAAACCAUUGGGGCAGCCUCACUUUUGACCCAGACUCAUCGCAGCCCCCAACCCCACCAACCAAGAAGAAAGUCCCAAGGCUGACCCCAGCACAUAUGGUCAGCACAAGUGGACACACACCUACACCUACAUCCACACCCACCCCUCCCCUGACCCCCUUUUAGGAGUCAGAAUUCCAGGAGAGACUUUCAGUGACAAUAUCACACCAAGGAAGCCUCCCAAGUGCACAGUAUUACCCAGCAGGAGCCCACCAGCUUUCCCGAGUCAGACUCACUUUCUGAAAAGUGGCCCAAAGCUCCAUGGGUCUCACCAAUCUGACACUAUUGGCAGUAACAACCAAGCCUUCCCACCUCACUUCCCCACCAAACAAGUGACCUCCAUAAGCUGGUGCUGCUGGCCCUGUCUCCUGCUGACUCCUUCCAUAACUACAAUUCCAACAUCCCGAAUCCCCCAUUCCAUCCCUCAGGAGUGAUGGCUCAGACCAGGAAUAGGGGGAUAAACUCCCCUCUGUCCCUGAAUCUGUGACUGGAAAUGUAGCCAAAGAAAGGGGCCAGUCUGUGGCUGGACUCUUCCUCUCCCUCCCCCCCCCCCCCCCUUCCCCAGCUCAGGCUACCUCUCCCACCUCCCUGCACACAAGAUAGCAAAGAGGAAGGAAUGCCCCUCGUGGCUAUCUGUGGAGCAGAUCUCACUUCUGGCCAAAAGUAGCUCAUGGGCUUCGGUGAGGAAGUUUACCUGGCCCCACCCUCCCAUCCCAUCUAGGACUAAGAUGAUUUGUAAAAUGGGGGUGGGUGGUGUGGGGUGAAACAGCACCUGGUGCCUUGCCUUCUGGUCUGGGCAUUUGGACUGCAAGUUCUCUUUUCCCCUCAUUGAUCUAAGCCCCAGCCAGCCACUGGAAUUGAAAUUAAAGUCCAUGAAUAUAAAACUGC